CCUUAAAUUUACUGUCUAUGAGCGCAACAGCAGCGAAGAGCGAACAGCAUACAUCAAUGCAGCAGUGACCCAUAGUGCAGGGAGUCCAUAGGCAUCUGUGUAGUGAUAAUCUGACCUCAGAGAAACACCAUGCUCCCAGCCAAGCUGACCAGCAGGUUAACUCUGAAUGCCCUGAGGAGGAUUCACCAUGGAGUUUCUUACCCCUGUCUUUACUCCUCGUCUAACAGCUGCCUUCAAACGGAAGGAGGGAUCACAAGAGAAGUGAGUCUCCGCUCAGUUCCCAGUGUGUUGGGAAGAGUGUUUUACAGCCAGAGCGCUAUCUGCCCAUCCCUCAGACUACACCAAACACAGCAAUGUGGGAGAAGAUCGUUCAGUUUAUCAGCUGCUACAAUUGUGAAUUCAGCACCAGCGCCUGUCCAGCCAUACCUGCGAUUGAUGAGGCUGGACAAACCUAUUGGGACAUGGCUGCUCUACAUCCCAUGUACGUGGAGCAUUGCCCUGGCUGCCGACCCUGGAUGUCUCCCUCAUCUAGGCAUGCUCACCCUGUUUGGAACAGGUGCUCUGCUGAUGAGAGGAGCAGGCUGCACCAUCAAUGACAUGUGGGAUAAAGACUUUGACAAAAAGGUGUCCAGGACGGCCACUCGACCAAUUGCAUCAGGAGAGAUUUCUCAGAUGCAGGCACUGGUGUUCCUAGGAGGGCAGCUUUCGCUGUCACUUGGGGUUCUGUUGUGUCUCAACUAUUACAGCAUAGCUUUGGGCGCUGCUUCAUUAUCUCUUGUCAUCUCGUACCCACUGAUGAAGAGGAUCACUUAUUGGCCACAGCUUGUGUUGGGCCUCACUUUCAACUGGGGAGCACUGCUCGGCUGGUCCGCUGUCAAAGGCUUCUGUGAUUGGUCCAUAUGCCUCCCGCUGUAUUUUUCAGGAGUUAUGUGGACACUGAUAUAUGACACAAUAUAUGCACAUCAGGAUAAGGAGGAUGACGUCAAGGUAGGAGUCAAAUCUACUGCACUCAGGUUCCAGGAGCAGACCAAACUUUGGCUGAGUGGCUUCACAGUGGCCAUGAUGUCAGGACUGGUUGUAGCUGGAAUCAAUGCUGAACAGACUCUCCCAUACUAUGCUGUACUGUCCACAGUGGCCAUUCACCUUACGCAUCAGAUUUACACAUUGGACAUAAACAAACCAGAGGACUGCUGGAAGAAAUUUGUCUCAAACCGAAAUGUUGGACUGUUGUUAUUUUUAGGUAUUGUUGCUGGCAAUUUGUGGAAAGAAAGAAGAGAGUCCUUGCUGCAGAAUGAGGAAGCAGACAGAUAAGUGAAAUAAUCAGAACCAAUAUUAUUUUUACUCCAUCUACAGUACAUUACAUAUUACAACGUUGGAUAGUAUCUUUUGGGAUGUCCCUCUAAACAAAAGUCUAUGAGCGAGCAAAACAAAAGUACUAUACACUGUGUGAUUUUAACCCUCACAAUAAAGUAAUUGGAUACAUUUCUUUGCUCAUAAAACAUAUUUUACAGAUGUCAAAAAUCACUUUUAAUCAAUAUUGUUGUAAAUUGAUAAAUAAAAUACCUCCUGGUACCUACAAAUAUAA